GUCUAAUAGGUAACGAUUAGUUUAUCUAAGCCUUAUAAACGAGAACUCGAGAUUUAAACUUAGACAAUUCAUCGUGCAGACACAUGGCAAUAAAGCCGAAUUGUCAACCCGAUGUCUUGUGAGCUGGCCGCUCUGGGUCGCCUCCACAGAGAACAUGUGCUGAAUCCAAUAACCGCGUUGGCGUUUUACACGUCGACUGAUGGGCAGAAAUAUCUCUUGGCGGGAGAGGACACGGACAUUAAAGUCUAUCAUGUCCAAACCUCUCGCUUUUCUGGGCAGUUACCUGUGUUCAAGGCCCAAUCUAUUCAUGGCAUCGCCGUACCACCGGCAGAGAUAUCCGAGAAGUCUAGUUUAAUUCUUGUCUGGGGUGGAAACUCUGUCAAGGUUUUGCCCAGAGAUGUCAUCGAGAGCCUCAUCUCGGGCCAUGGUACCGAGCGGGAUUUAACGAGGGGCGCCACCGAAGCAAGAGCACCUGACUGGAUUUUCGAUGGGAGAGUUUCGCCCUUUGGAGACCGCCGCAUUGUUCUACUUACUGCCCAUAAUGAGGUUAUUCCGGCCCAUGUAGACCCUAGCCGAGGUAAACUUAUCUUUGAUAAAAUCCUGUCUCCUUCGCGACCGAUCUUGUAUUCGGGUAACUUCUUCUGGGUAUCCAAGGAAUGCGUACUGGUGGCCGCCGGUACAGUUUUCGGCGAGAUUCUAGUCUGGAAAUGCCACCUCGGGGCGUCGGAGCAAAAUCAGGAUUGUGAGGUUCUCUUCGUAUUCACGGGUCAUGAAGGUUCCAUCUUUGGGGUCCACAUCUCGCCUGAGAUCCGGACUUCAACGGGAGAAAACUUGAGGCUGCUAGCUAGUUGUAGCGACGAUCGGACUAUUCGAAUAUGGGAUAUCACCGAAAGACAGGAGUCCCAAGAUCUGAAACAAAAGGGAUAUGACACUCAUAUCUCAGACGCACGAGAGACAGGGUUUGGCAACAAUGUGGAGGUAUCAGCUCACGGCGACCCUUCAGCAAGAUGCUUAGCUACUGUCAUGGGCCAUGCGUCGAGAAUAUGGCAAGUUGAGUUUCCACAGAACCAACUUUUAUCACGGACCUCUAACAUCGUUGGGCUCUAUUCAUUUGGCGAGGAUGCCACGGCCCAAAAAUGGAACCUCUCCCUAAACUUACCACUAUCUGAACUUGGCACUUCUAGUUCCCCUAUUAAGUCCGUUGCCAAGUUAACGCACCAGGAAACUUUUUCAAAUCAUACUGGGAAGCAUAUCUGGUCACACGCCACGACAUCCGAAGAUGAUUAUAUCCUCGUUGCGACUGGCGGCUCUGAUGGAAAGAUCGCCCUUAUAGGGACUGGAAUAAAAAGUAAUUCGUCAAAUUUAACAGAAGGUAACCAGACAUUAUUAGAUAAGAAGAAAGCCGUUGCAUGGUCUCUCACAGAUGUACUACGAUCAUCUCGAGCAAUCGGCGCAAUAAUAGAGGAGUCAAAUGUCAUUUCAGAUGACAUUCCUUUGGCGCCACAGAGCACCAAGCCUAAAAACGCAAAAGAAGCUUUUAAUCGAUACACAUUCAUCUCCGAUAAAAGACUACUUGCCGCAACCAAUUCAGGUCGGAUUUUUGCUGGUAGUUUUGAGGAUGACCUUACAUGGAUAGAAUUAGCUCUCCCUGACGAAAUUGGUCAGAUAGUCUUCUCCCAUGCUUUACAUGGAACCUCUCCGGUACAUCCGCUGGCUUUCAUUGGCACAAGCAAUGGCUACAUAUUUUACUAUAGUGAAUCGGGGGACCGAUCUCUUCAGUCACUGGUUAAAGUAGAUGGAAAGGUUGCUGACAUUUUUUGGCUAUCUGAUGCCAGCGCAUCUAAUAACAGCCAAUUCCAAAUUUUCGUUACUCUCCUACGCAGUACUAACGCUGUCAUUAUCCACGUUGACCCUGAUACUCUGACGACGAAACAAAUUAGUGUCACUUUAGAGUCAGGAUUUAUGGUCACCGCCGCAGCUUUCAUCCAAGGAUACCUCAUCCUUGGGUCGAGAAAAGGUAUUAUUGCUGUCUUUAGCCCAGGGGAAGACGGUAAUUAUUCCGUUAUUCUUACAGUCGAGGUACAUCGAGACGAGGCAAUUACAUCGCUGCUACCUCUUCGUAGCCGGGACGACCGGCCACGCAACUACAUAUUGAGCACGUGUCGUGACGGCAGGUAUAGGAUCCACGAAAUCCCAACAAAGGCUCACCAAUCCGCCGCCGUCCUGAUUCAUGAAGCCCUCCCACCAUUCGUGUCCUCAGUUGAAGGGGCCUGGUUCACCAAUAACAGCGACGGCACCAGGGAUCUCAUGCUCUGCGGUUUUCGGAGCAGCAACUUCGUGGUCUGGAACGAGACCCGGCGUCACGAGGUCGCCACGGUAGAUUGCGGGGGCUCUUCUAGAAGCUAUGCUUGGGCGCCCAUUCGAUCCCAGCCCGACGGGUUUCGGUUCGUCUUCACCAAGGCGGGGCAGAUGCACGUUUUCUCGCAGACGCAUGCCCCCCAUAGGACGCUAAAGCCAGGGGGUCACGGCCGUGAGAUCAAGGCGGUGAGCGCUUCGUCUGGGCGCUACGUCGCUACCGCCGCCGAGGACACCGUUAUACGUAUUUGGGAAUACGGUAGCGGCGAAGGCGAGGCUGAAGGUGAACAUUCCGGGCUUAGGUGUGUCGCGGCGCUAGAGAGGCAUGCGACGGGUAUCCAGGCCUUGAAGUGGUUCGGAAACGAGUACCUCUUCAGCAGCGGCGGCAACGAGGAGUUCUUCGUUUGGAGGCUGAAUAAGCUGGAGAGCGAUGAUUUUACCGGACUUGCUGUCGUGUGCGAGGCUGUGUUCCCGGAUAGAUCUGAGAUUGGCGACGCAAGGAUUACGGACUUCGAUGUUACCUGCGUCUCGAGCGAUGAAGAUGGCGCAUACGAGUUCUCUGUCUCCAUGGCGCUGUCAAAUUCGACGCUACAGACAUACGCUUAUACCAAGAAAGCUGGGUUCCGUCUCCUGAGAAGAUGGACGUAUACCGGAGCGUGUCUCACGCAGGUCCGACAUCUCGGUAGCAAUCAUAUCUUGACUGCGGCAACGGACGGAUAUCUUGCUGUCUAUGCCAACACAAGCCAAGCAAUAGAAGCAGAUACAGACGGUUCCCCUUUACCCAUCGUCACGAAACUCCAUCAGAACACCAUCAAAGCCCUCGAUAUACGUCAAGUAUCUUCCGAAAACGAUACCUCGCUCAAAUUUCUCCUCGUCACCGGCGGCGACGAUAACGCGCUGGGUGUUACGUAUAUCUCCGUUUCCCCAAACUCUACUUCUACCUCUCCUACCAAAGCAAACAUGGCGGAUGUUAAAAUCCAAAGUAAAUCCAUCAUCCGCUCCGCCCACGCCGCCGGCAUCACGGGCGCUGCCAUCGCGCGUCUUAACGAGGACAGCGCCAUUGUUGUUACAGGAAGUAACGACCAGCGCGUCAAAGCCUGGCGGUUGAUCGGCUGGGACCAGGACCAAAAGGAGAAAGAGAAGGAGAAGGGGAGGGUUAGGGCGCAAUUGCUGGAGGAUAGGUAUAGCGCCGUGGCUGAUGCCGGGGGCUUGGAGGUUUUCGAUGAUGGGAGGAAGGCGCUUGUUGUAGGCGUUGGAUUCGAGGUUUGGGAUCUGGGGGUUUAAGUUGUGGAAUGGGCAAAGGGGGUGGUUCUCUAUCUCGAGAGAUAUAGUGGUGAGAAAAAGGGGGUUGGAUUGGGUGAUGGGUUGAUAAGGGGGAAGUUAGGUAUAUACUUGAAUCUACCAGGUCAUAUUUUG